GAUGAAUAAAAAAAAUUUGACUUGUCGGCGGCUACACCAAUCACCCAAUCGAAACCCCAAAAACUCAAAUUGACGUACAUAGGAAAAAACUAUACAUAUAAUAAUUACGCGAAACUUUACUCUUUCUCUCUCUGCAACUCCUGCCGCGUCUCCGCCGUUCUUUACAGGAGGUUGCAGGGUUAAGAGACUCUUAGAUAAGUAAAUUGCACCAGAGCUGGAUAACUAAUCAGAAUAGCAAAUUGCUCAAAAAAUCAACACCAGUCACCGAUUGCCAAGUCAAAUUGUGACCGGCAUUAACAGCUUAUCCUUUCUAGUGCAUUAGUUUUUUACGAUCAUGACUACUGCUUGCACUUUGCAAGUAUCCCAACAAUUGGGAAUAUAUAGGAACCAUCAAGCCAGUAGACAGUUCCAGUGUUGGCCAGGAAGUGGCAGCAUACACUUAAUAGGUUCUAUAUCAUCACUUUCCCUGAGAAAAGAUUUAUGGAGUAUCCGUCUUUCAGAUAGACUUAAGAGACGUGUACCUGCUGUUUCAAAUAGAUGUAAUCCCUUUAAAUGUCAUUCAUUUUUGAAUCCAGGUCAUCCAUUCCACAUAUCAAAUUUAAAGAAUGUGGCAGUAGAAUUGACAAGGUCUUCUGGUGCUUUGCAAGGCAAACCUGUUUUGCUUAAGUUGGUUCCGGCAGUUACUAUUUUACUUUUUGCUGUAUGGGGCCUCGGGCCACUAAUGCGUCUAAGCAGAAACAUAUUUCUUCAUAAGAAUGAUAGCAGUUGGAAAAAGAGUAGCGCCAAUUAUAUUAUGACGUCUUAUCUCCAGCCUAUUUUACUUUGGACCGGAGCAACACUCAUAUGCAGAGCGUUGGAUCCUGUGGUCUUGCCUUCAGAAGCUAGUGAAAUUGUAAAGCAACGUCUACUGAAUUUUGUGAGAUCCUUGUCAACUGUGCUAGCUUUUGCAUACUGUAUAUCAAGUGUCAUUCAACAAACACAGAAAUAUUAUAUGGAGACAAAUGACCCCGCUGAUACAAGAAAUAUGGGAUUUCAAUUUGCUGGCAAAGCAGUAUACAGUGCAGUGUGGGUGGCUGCUGUAUCAUUGUUCAUGGAGUUGCUAGGUUUUUCUACCCAGAAAUGGCUCACUGCAGGUGGUCUUGGUACAGUCCUUUUGACACUCGCAGGCCGUGAGAUAUUUACAAAUUUUCUUUCAAGCGUAAUGAUUCAUGCAACCCGUCCUUUUAUUGUGAAUGAGUGGAUUCAGACAAAGAUUGAAGGCUAUGAAGUUUCUGGUACAGUCGAGCAUGUGGGGUGGUGGUCACCUACGAUAAUAAGGGGAGAAGAUCGUGAAGCUAUUCACAUCCCAAAUCACAAGUUCACAGUUAAUAUUGUGAGAAAUCUCACACAAAAAUCUCAUUGGCGUGUCAAAACUCAUCUGGCUAUCAGUCACUUGGAUGUCAACAAGAUUAAUAGUAUUGUUGCUGAUAUGCGAAAAGUGUUGGCAAAAAAUCCCCAGGUAGAACAACAGAAAUUGCACAGAAGAGUGUUUUUGGAGAAUGUUAAUCCGGAAAAUCAGGCACUUAUGAUUCUGAUAUCUUGCUUUGUCAAGACGUCACAUUUUGAAGAGUACCUCUGUGUCAAGGAAGCUAUACUAUUAGAUCUCCUCAGAGUUAUCAGCCAUCACCGGGCUCGUCUUGCUACUCCUAUUCGUACAGUUCAAAAGAUCUAUGGUGAUGCUGAUUUGGAUAGCAUGCCAUUUGCUGAUUCAGUUUUCACUCGUGGUAGAGCAUCAGCAAACCGCCCGUUACUUUUGAUUGAACCAUCAUACAAAAUCAAUGGAGAAGAUAAAACCAAACCUCAACCUCGGUCAGCACGCGCUAAUGCAGAGCAAGACAAUAAAGCUGGUGCACGGACUAUACUUGACAAUCAGUUAGAUUUAAAGGGUGGACCGUCUGAUGUUAAAGCCAAAGAAAAACAAACUUCUGACUCAAAAGAGAAAGAAGCAUCAUUACCCGAUACAAAAGAAGACUUAACUGUUGGAGAUACACCCUAUCCUGACAGCAAAAGGGACCAGAAAAGUGCUGGAAUACACGACAGUAAGCCAGGUGAUAAAGUUGUAGACAAAACCUUGUCAAAACCUGGAGCUAAGGUAGUUUCGAAGACCGGAGAAGUUUUAAGCUCAAACUCCAAUUCCCCUGUUACUGAUAAUGUUACAGAAAGCAACUCUAUCAAGAAACGACCUAAAAGUGUAGGCUCGGAAGGGGCUCCACAGAAGACUGUAGUUCAUGAUUCCUCGUCUGCUGUGAUAGAAACUUCUGGAAGCAAGGCUAACCAAUCCACCUCUAGUUCAAAGCAGACUGAGAGAUUGCUAGAUGCACAGGCACCUGCAUCAAGAUCUGUAUUGGAAGAAAAUAUAGUUCUGGGUGUCGCUUUAGACGGCUCAAAGCGAACCCUUCCUAUAGAAGAAGGAAUGUCUUCAUCUGUGGCUAUGCCAGAAUUUAAGGAAUUAGCUACAUCCAGAAGUGCUAGCAUGUCUCAGACGACUGACGAGAACAAGAAAAAUGGUAAAAAUUCUACAGUUCCUGAAACAGCACCAGCUGAUAAGUGAGAUAAAGUUGAAACUGCACAGUUGGUUAUAAUUUUAGUUGCUAACCCAUUUGUGAAGAUUGUCCUGCUCUGUUCCAGUCAUUUUGUAAAUGUGUCAAAGCAGAUCCUCCAUGAUUAUUGUGUUGGAGGAUUUUGCCGGUUUCUACCAUUAAAUUUGUUUGGUAGUAUGUAAAAACAGGAAGCAGGGCUGGCCGUUGCUAUUUUUAAUAUCUUUUUCUGUUCAGUGAAAUGGAUAUUUGAAAUUUUAUUAGCAAGAUUACUAGUUUAAGUUA